AGUUAAAUUUAAGAUUUUAUUUCAGGGUUAUCUGAAUUUGGAGAACGCGAGAAAGUAAGGUUAAUAAUGCAGCACUCAUGUGAUAUAUGUGAUAAAUCUUUCUCUCUGAAAUCUAACUUAUCAAGACACAAGAAGAGUUCUCAUUUCAAAAUAAAAUUAAAGAGUAAGAGUUGUGAUGUAUGCACAUUUAAAGCCAGAGAUUCCUACCAGCUGAAGCUACAUUUUAGAACUCAUUCCGAGGAGAAACCUUAUCAAUGUGAUCAGUGUAAAUUUAAAUUUUCCCGAGAGAAAGACUUGACAAGACACAUUAACAGUUGCCGCGGAUUGAGGAACUAUUGUCUAAAAUGCGCGAAAGUAUUUAAGAAUAAAUUAAUGUAUAAUGAACAUUAUCUGUGGGACAGUGUUUGCGGUAAACUGCCUGAUUUCCAGGCCGAGGAGCUGGUGAGGGUGAAGGCCUACCAGGACAUGGACGUGGUUGGUUUGAAGUCAAGGUGUAUGCUUGAUCAAGGUCUCUAUGUCAAGUCUGGAAGGAAAGUCAGCUGUGGAGUCUGUAUCGGUUGCACGAAGAUAUCGUGUCAAGAUUGUUCCUCUUGUAUCCAGACUAAAGAGGAAGAGGAUGAGGAGAGAAAAUGCUCAAGAAAUAAAUGUCUCCAUCCUGUAAACUAUUACACCUUAAAGAAUCAAACCCAUCUUACUCAGUCAUUCAAGGAGAGAGGACCGGAGAAAGGAAGCUUGCUUGUCCAUUUAUACGAGGAUAUAACCUCCACCUUUCCUACUACUCAUUCAACUGCUACUUCUGUGGUUGUAUCUCCCGUUAAUGCUACUUCUGUGGCUGUAUCUCCCCUAAAUGUUACUUCUGUGGUUGUAUCUCCUGCCAGUGCUACCUCUUCAGUUGUAUCUUCUGUUAAUGCUUCUUCUGAAGUUUCUUUGUCUACACCUAUCAUAGUUGAACCAGUAUCUUCGCUUGAAAUAAAUGCUUUUACUUGCGAGAUAGGAAAUGAUAUAAUCGUAAUGAACGAAAAUGUCGUCUCCCAACGAAUACAUUAAAUUAUCAGUAGAUUAAAUUUACAUCUAUAAAAAAAUGUGAUACUUGUUAAAUAAUUGUUAUCAGAUCCAAUGAACCAAAUUUUUCAGAAAAA